AAAUAUUUGUUUUCAACGCUUGCCGUAUGGAUAUGUAUGUGGGAAAGGGUGGCCAACAUAUAGAAAGUGAUAUACAAAUGGAAAAUUUGCGAAAAAAUAUUAAUAAGCGUACCUAUGUCAUUUAUGCGCUAUCUAAAUCCAUAAAUUCAUGGCUUAGUCACGCGGAAGGAAUGACACUAUUUGGACAGGCAUUCAGUUAUAGUAUAGCGCAGUACGCUUGCAAUCUACAUCUCACUGAUUUAGUUAACCUGACACGUAAACGACUGGCGUAUGAGCAGGGUGACAGUGACCCGCAAAUAGUAAUGGUCUCCGUAGACAUAUUGCGACAGAUAUAUUUUAAUCCU